AUUAUGAAGCCACUACAUGCGCAGUUUGUCUGUGUGACAGCUCGAUUCCAUAUCAUUCAUUCAAUACACACCACUCUCACACCUCUUUCCAUUAAUUCUCUCUCUAAUUUAUUCCCUUUUCUUCAACUUCGAUUCCAACUUUCUUUUCCCUUUACGUUUUCUCAUUAAAAUUCUGUUUGGUUACUAAGAAAAUAAUAACAGAGGAAAAAGAAAAAAAAAGCUAAAAGUUGAAGUAGAGAAAAAAGCGCAAGUAAAGCGAAGUACCUUCAUCGAAAAACGACAUGUCGUCGUCGGACGAUGAGUCGGGAGAGGAGUACCUUUUCAAGAUCGUGAUCAUCGGCGACUCGGCGGUGGGGAAAUCGAACCUUCUCUCUCGUUACGCUAGGAAUGAGUUCAAUAUGCACUCCAAGGCCACCAUUGGAGUCGAGUUCCAGACUCAAAGUAUGGACAUUGACGGCAAAGAGGUCAAGGCUCAGAUUUGGGACACCGCCGGCCAAGAGCGCUUCCGCGCCGUCACCUCGGCCUACUACCGCGGUGCCGUCGGAGCUCUUGUUGUCUACGACAUCACUCGCCGAACCACGUUCGAUAGCAUCGGUCGAUGGCUUGAUGAGCUUAAAACUCACUCAGAUACAACUGUGGCUAGGAUGCUAGUUGGGAACAAAAGUGAUUUGGAGAAUAUUAGGGAUGUGAGUGUCGAGGAAGGGAAAAGCCUUGCAGAAGCCGAAGGACUGUUCUUCAUGGAGACAUCAGCACUAGAUUCCACAAAUGUUAGAAAGGCUUUCGAGCUUGUCAUUCGAGAAAUUUACAACAAUGUCAGCCGCAAAGUCCUAAACUCAGACACUUACAAAGCAGAAUUAUCUGUAAACAGGGUAAGCCUAGUCGACGAGGGCGCAAAUGGAUCAAAGAAAAACCAGAACUAUUCUUGCUGUUCCAGGUGAUCCUAUCUCCAAAAGAAAGGGAGUACAAAUUGGGAUUUUCUGGUUGGUUUUUGAAUGUAAUUUGGACGACUAAAUUAUUUUGUUUGUUUGUUAUAUUGGCUAUCGUUGAAGGAUAACCAAAUAAGACAGUAUUAUAGAAAGAAAUUUGUUAUGUUGAUUUAUCUACACUACAGAUCAUUUUUUUUUGUUAUGCUUAUAUUAAAAACUGAAAUGUAAGUAAACACUGAACAGUCUUUCUUCUUUUGUGUCCUGCUUCCUAUGAUUUGGUUCUAGUUGGACUUCUUUUUUU